CUUUAGUGCAAGUAAAGCUAUGCAUUUAACUUUAUUCUACUUAUUUUCAUGUUUCAAAAAUGUUUCCAGAGGAAAGUCUUCAUUAACUCAGUUAACCAUAUUGCUGCACCUGCAAAUCCCGUAAGUUAGUUAUUAACCCGUAUAUCUCAGAUUCUGUGUCUUUAAAAUGGGAGAAUUAAUAGUAUUUAUCUAGAAAGUGUUCAUUUAGAGUACACAUAAGUUCUGAAUCAGUACUAGCUAUUGUUAUUUGCAUCAUCUGAUAGCCUUUUUACCACCUUAAGCAAGAACUGCCAGCUCUUAGUAGUAUCUAUGUUUACUUGCUUAACAAGAAGAGGAAGUCUUAGUUAACGCCCUAGAGAAACCAAAGGAGAAACUUUGUUCAGUGUAGUACAAUGCUGAAACUGAAGCUUGGGGUCCCUCCCUUUCUGUUGAUCUGCCAAAGGUCACUUGGCACAUAAGCACACUCAGAGGAAUCUCCUCUCAGUACUGCCUGGAGGAGCGCUUGGAGUUUUGUCUGGAUUGUGUGGGAGUGAAAGAUAGGAUGAACGGUCAUAUUUCCAAUCAUCCCAGUGGUUUUGGAAUGUACUCAUCUCCAGUGAAUGGCUACGGAUUAUCACCCACCUAUUCUCAGAUGGACAGAGAGCACACUUCGAAAACAAGUGCAAAGGCCCUUUAUGAACAGAGGAAGAAUUAUGCACGGGACAGUGUCAGCAGUGUGUCAGAUGUAUCCCAGUAUCGUGUUGAACACUUGACUACCUUUGUUCUGGAUCGCAAAGAUGCUAUGAUAACUGUUGAUGAUGGAAUAAGGAAGCUGAAAUUGCUUGAUGCCAAGGGCAAAGUGUGGACUCAAGAUAUGAUUCUUCAAGUGGAUGACAGAGCUGUGAGCCUCAUUGAUUUAGAGUCAAAGAACGAACUGGAGAAUUUUCCUUUAAAUACUAUCCAGCACUGCCAAGCGGUGAUGCACUCAUGCAGCUAUGAUUCAAUUCUUGCCCUGGUGUGCAAAGAGCCAACCCAGAACAAGCCAGAUCUUCAUCUUUUCCAAUGUGAUGAGAUUAAGGCCAACCUGAUUAGUGAAGAUAUUGAAAGUGCAAUCAGUGACAGUAAGGGAGGGAAACAGAAGAGGCGGCCCGAUGCCCUGAGGAUGAUUUCCAAAGCAGACCCUGGCAUUCCACCUCCACCCAGAGCGCCUGCCCCCGUACCUCCUGGGACUGUAACACAGGUGGACGUUAGAAGUCGGGUGGCAGCCUGGUCUGCAUGGGCAGCUGACCAAGGAGAUUUUGAGAAACCAAGACACUAUCAUGAGCAGGAAGAAACACCCGAGAUGAUGGCGGCACGAAUUGACAGAGAGGUGCAAAUCUUAAAUCACAUCUUGGAUGACAUUGAAUUUUUUAUCACAAAACUCCAAAAAGCAGCAGAAGCAUUUUCUGAGCUUUCUAGAAGAAAGAAAACUAAGAAAAGUAAAAAGAAAGGACCAGGAGAGGGUGUCUUAACACUGAGGGCAAAACCCCCACCUCCUGACGAAUUUGUUGACUGUUUCCAAAAAUUUAAACAUGGAUUUAACCUUCUGGCCAAAUUGAAGUCUCACAUCCAAAACCCCAGUGCUGCAGAUUUGGUUCAUUUUCUGUUUACUCCUUUGAAUAUGGUGGUGCAGGCAACAGGAGGUCCUGACCUAGCCAGUUCAGUACUUAGUCCUCUCUUGACUAAGGACACGAUUGACUUCUUAAGUUACACUGUCAACACUGAGGAACGGCAGUUGUGGAUGUCACUGGGAGAAGCCUGGAUGAAAGCCAGAACAGAGUGGCCAAAAGAGCAGUUUAUUCCCCCCUAUGUCCCACGUUUCCGCAAUGGUUGGGAGCCACCAAUGCUGAACUUCAUGGGGGCACCAAUGGAGCAAGAUCUUUAUCAACUGGCUGAGUCCGUGGCAAACGUAGCAGAACAUCAGCGCAAACAGGAAAUAAAAAGAUUAUCUACAGAGCACUCCAGUGGAUCGGAAUACUCUCCUGAUGCAUAUGCAUACAACAGCAACAUGUACACGAGAGGGCCCCAUCUGGACCAAGGGGAAGCUGCUGUUGCAUUUAAGCCAACUCCCAACCGCCAUGUAGAUAGAAAUUAUGACCCAGUGAAAACACAACCCAAGAAAUAUGCCAAAUCCAAGUACGACUUUGUAGCAAGGAACAACAGUGAGCUGUCGGUCCUAAAGGAUGAUAUUUUAGAGAUACUUGAUGAUAGGAAGCAGUGGUGGAAAGUUCGAAAUGCAAGUGGAGACUCUGGAUUUGUGCCAAAUAACAUUUUGGAUAUCGUGAGACCUCCAGAGUCUGGUUUAGGGCGUGCUGACCCGCCAUAUACGCACACCAUACAGAAACAAAGGAUGGAGUAUGGUCCAAGAGCAUCAGAUACUCCCUCUGCACCCUCACCUCCUCCUGCGCCAGCUCCUAUUCCUGUUCCCCUUCCACCUUCUGCUCCUGCACCUGCUCCUGUGUCGAAGGUCCCAGCCAGCAUAACCCGGCAGAACAGCAGCUCCAGCGAGAGUGGCGGCAGUAUUGUUCGAGACAGCCAGAGACACAAACAACUUCCAGUGGACCGAAGGAAGUCUCAGAUGGAGGAAGUGCAGGACGAGCUCAUCCACAGGCUGACCAUUGGUCGGAGUGCUGCUCAGAAGAAGUUCCACGUGCCACGGCAGAACGUGCCAGUUGUCAACAUCACCUAUGACUCCACACCCGAGGAUGUGAAGACAUGGCUGCAGUCCAAGGGAUUCAACCCUGUGACUGUCAACAGUCUUGGAGUAUUAAAUGGUGCGCAGCUUUUCUCUCUCAAUAAAGAUGAGCUGAGGACAGUCUGUCCUGAAGGGGCCAGAGUCUUCAGCCAAAUCACUGUACAAAAAGCCGCAUUAGAGGAUAGCAAUGGCAGCUCUGAAUUGCAAGAAAUCAUGCGAAGACGACAGGAAAAAAUCAGUGCCGCUGCUAGUGACUCAGGAGUGGAAUCUUUUGAUGAGGGAAGCAGCCACUAAUUUGUGUGUGUGUAUGUGUUUGUUUUUAAAUUCCAUAAUCUUGACAUUAUUCCAAUAUGCUUUGUUUUAAGAAGCCUUGAAGGGAAUGUCAGAUUUGUUUUUUUUCUUGGCCUACUUAAUUUAUCGCCAGAAAAAAAAGCAAUGCAAACCUGAGUAAGCAGAGGACUUGUUUGUGGGACCAUUAUUUUUAUUAAGACUGAAAAAUCUUAAACUGAAUUUUUGGCCCUCAGGAAAUACUUUUCCUGCUUGACCACAGUGGAUCUUUGUUAGGUUAUUUAAUCCACAUUUCAGAGUAUACACAGGAAUUUUUUGACAGUGGCAACUGAAUUCACUGCAACAAAGCAAAGAUGUUGUCAAUGAUUUGAAAUCUAAGCAAUUGCAGUUUUGCUUGUGAAUGUGAAGUCUGUGCUCAUUAUAUGAGCCCCUGCUUACUUAGGUCUCUGACAUACUCAAUGACAGACUGUUUAGGUUUAUUUAAAGUUCUUAAUGCCAACAGUUAAAAAAAAUUGAAACAUUUGAAUAAACUGUAAAGUACAGCCAAGCCUUGCACUGCAAAUGUAAAGCUAUGGAACAUUCUAGAGACAUUUUAUUUAUCACAGCUCUAUUGAUCACAACUCCUUGCAUAGUUUGUGUAAUGGUUUAGUUUAUGUUCUGCUUGUGAUGUGAUACUGUGUUCCUAUAUGUGAGAAAGCACAAGUCAGAAAGAGGUCAUAUACAAUCAAAAUCUAUCGAAGGAAAGAGCCUGCAUUUGUAUGUGUUACAGUAUUUUGCUUAAUGGAGGCCUCUGUUCUGAAUAUUGAUAGAAGUAAUUGAAAGGAAAUUGGGGCCAUUUAUUGUGUUUUUCUGUGUCAAGUCUUUUUGGUAAUAAGAAACACUUAAUUUACAAAUAUUUUAAUCUAGUGGAAGAUUCUAGAUAGAAGAAAGAGAAAGACCUAACCUUCAACAAAUGUUAUUUUUGGAAACACAAUUUUUGUCAUUAAAUGUUAUAUUGUUUCACAUAUAUAAAACAGAUGUUAUGUAAGAAUGUUGUAUAUUUUAACAUAAAUCCAUCUAGAAAGAUGAUCUAGAUUCAUUAAUUUUCAUAGUGCCUUUUCACAUGAGUCAGGUGGAAAGUCUGCAAUAAACAGUAUUUGCUGUAUGUUAAUAAAUGGCUUCUGUUUCAUUAACAAAGGGGAUCUUUGCUGUGUAGACUGGAGUUUAGUACUGAAUGGAAUGCAUUGGAAAAUGUAAAAAUCUACAUUUUUUUUUCUAAUGAGGUUCUGCUAAUUUCUGAGUAGGUAAAAUUGCUAUGGAACACUUUCUCCAAUUGUUUAUUUUCUUUCCACCGUGUUUAUUUCAACAACUUUUCUUUCAACCACCUAGUAACAGUUGGUAAUAGUAGUGAGAAUUAAAUUUAUAUAGCACUUAAAAUAGCUAAAUGCCUUCAUGUAAAUACUUUACUAAACAUUUACAAAUAACUCCAAAUUAUAUGAGGAGACUUCAGAAAGCUUGUGGGAAAGUGAAAUUAAAAGGUAAGUGUAUUUUUAUCCAAAAAAUGUGAAAUCUAUGCAUAGUUUUUCAUACCAUGCAUUUUCCAUGACCUUUUUGUGAUCCUCCCUAUGCAUGGAUUUCAGAGUGGAACUUUGCACCAAAAUAAGCUUGUGUUUGAAUCCAUUUUCCAUGAGCUUUCUGAAGCACCCUAGAACUUUCAUCAGUAAGGAAGUGUAGUUUCCUAGAGGCUAAUUUAUUCCAAAUCAUGAAAGAUUUGGAAGUUUCUCACCUUCCAUCUCAGUGUCUCCAUUAUACCUCCCCUUGGACUAAGUGCGGCAUAUGUGAGAAUGAGAAAGGAGUAUAAGUUUAGAUCUUUUAUAUUUCAUAAGCACUGAUACAUGUUGAGAACUUAGUCCUUAAGUAAAACUCUGAAAAUACAUGGAGGUGACAAAAGAAAAGGAUUUAAAAUGAACAUAACCUGUGUUUAAAGUAGUGUAUCUGAUUUGAAACUGAUAGGUCCAACUUGCAUCCCUAUGCAAAGGAAAGUCUCCCCCAGAGUAGUGAUUGCUGGAAGCAUUCACCUCACCAAGGACUGUGAGCACAAAGAGAAGAGGUGAAUGGAGGUAGCUACCUGCAAGAGAGGCACUCCAGAGUGGGGAUCCAGACAUCUGAGGCGCGUGCUCACCAGUGCCCCACAAGUUUGGAGGAAAACCCUAUAGAGAAGGAAAGCAAACCUCUGAGAGCAGGGCAAGGCCUAAUUGGCACUCUUGCCUCAGGAAUUCAGAAAAUUUUUCAGAAAACCCAUGGAGCUGGAAUUUGGAGCUCCAAGGAGACCAUGCAGCCAGCUGGUGCUUGGAUGUCUAAAAGACAGGACCAAGAGACUUCUGGGACAUGGGGGAAAGCAGACUGGUUCCUGAAACCGACACUGCUGCCACCGAGAAUCAUUUCUGCUUGCAGAGUGAAGAGUUAGGUGCAGGGUGAUGUUGGUAGGAACACAACGGGAAACAGGAAUGAGGAGUCGCUUGGUCCUCCUGUCACCCUCUGUGGCCCUCUACCUCCCUGUAGCACAUAUUUUGGGUGGAAUCUAUCAGGCACCCACAGGCAAAACCCGGAAUCACCAAGAUGAGAAUACAGGUGGAUUUGAAGCAGAGAGAGCAACUCCAUAACCACCACAUUCUGGCUUCUGCCUGUUUAGCCUCUACACUUCCUCCUCUAUGUUUUUUAAAUUAUAUAUGACAAUUAUAAAACAGUUGCAGUUUUCUCUAACAAAAUGUAAUCAUCCUCUGACAUUUAAACAGUAAUACAGAGCAUGUAAAAAAUUUAUUUUUAUAUGAAAGGCAGAAUAAAAGAGACAGAUAUCUCUCAUCCACUGGUUCAUCCACAAAUACCAGCAACAGCUGAAGCUGAGAUUGGAUCAGACGUGGUCAGUUCCGGGAGCCAGGCACUCUAUCUGGGUCUCCCACAUGGAUGACAGGAACCCAAGUACUGGAGCCAUCCCCUGCUGCAUCCCCAGGGACCCGUUAACUGGAAAAGCUAGAAUCAGGACUGGAUCCAAGACUCCAACCCAAGGACUCUGUUAUGGGAUGCAGGUGUCCCAAACAGCAUUUCAACUGCUGUGCCAAAUUCCCACCCCCUAAUACAGAGUAUUUCUUGAAAGAACUUGUUAAAUAGGCAAGAAGAGAACACUAAAACAUCGCAUCGGUGCUAAUACAGGAAGCAGCUCUUUGCCUGUUGCUGAUGAGCAAAUGGGAGAGUUGAGCACAUCAGUGUUGAGAAGCCUGAGGAAGGACACUACAGAGGCUGUGCUCGCACCUGAUGAAGGGGGCUGUCCGUGUCGGUGCUGGUAUCUGAGGGGUACACAGAGCGGAGCCCCAUGGAGCCCUGGGACAGACAUCCUUGAGGGGACUUGAGACUCAUCUCUGAGUAGGUGCAGCCGAGGUGGUUCUAAACCACCUAGAAACUGGAGUCAGACUUGAUUCCAGAAUAUGGAUCUGUUCUUUUCACUGGUUUUCAGCCAUUUGCUUUUAGUGUGCCUGUGUGUAGUGUUCUUGUUUGAUCUUCUUGGAACUAUGAGAUUAUACUUUUUAUUAAAGCUGGAAAAAUUUCAGCCAUCAUUGCUUAAUAUUUUAUUCUGGCCCUCCUGCCUCCUUUUCUUCAGAGCUUCCAAUUUCAUGUAUGUUAGCCCAUUUGAAAUGUUCCCAAUCUCACCAAUGCUCUAAUUUUUUUAAGAUUUAUUUAUUUAUUUGAAAGUCAGAGUUACACAGAGAAAGAGGAGAGUCAGAGAGAGAGAGAGUUCCUCCAUCUGAUAGUUCACUCCCCAGUUGGCUGCAACGGCCGGAGUUGUGCUGAUCCAAAGCCAGGAGCCGGGAGCCUUUCCCGGGUCUCCCACAUGGGUGUAGGGGCCCAAGGACUUGGGCCAUUCUCUACUGCUUUCCCAGGCCAUAGAAGAGAGCUGUACCAGAAGUAGAGCAGCCAGGUCUCGAACCCGCGCCCAUAUGAGAUACCGGCACUUCGGGCCAGGGCAUUAACCUGCUGCGCCACAGCGACGGCCCCAACCAAUGCUCUGUUUUUAUCAUUGUGUUUCUUUGUCUCAUUUUGGGUAGGUACUGUACAUUUACUUCCAUUGUAAUUUGUCAUCUUAGACAUUAUUGUUUUUGUCUCUAAGUUUUACAUGGUUUUCUUUUUUACAUGUAUAUUUAUUUAAAACACAGAGUGAGGCCGGCGCCGUGGCUCAAUAGGCUAAUCCUCCACCUUGCGGCGCCGGCACACCGGGUUCUAGUCCCGGUCGGGGCGCCGGAUUCUGUCCCGCUUGCCCCUCUUCCAGGCCAGCUCUCUGCUAUGGCCAGGGAGUGCAGUGGAGGAUGGCCCAGGUGCUUGGGCCCUGCACCCCAUGGGAGACCAGGAAAAAGCACCUGGAUCCUGGCUCCUGCCAUCGGAUCAGCGCGGUGCGCCGGCUGCAGCGGCGGCCAUUGGAGGGUGAACCAACGGCAAAAGGAAGACCUUUCUCUCUCUGUCUCUCUCUCUCACUGUCCACUCUGCCUGUCAAAAAAAAAAAAAAAAAAAACACAGAGUGACAGAGACAGAUCUUCCAUCUGAUAUACUCCCCAGCAUAUUCUCCUAGAAUGUGCUUUAGCAGGAAGCUGUAAUGAGAAAUUGAGCCAGGACUGAAACUCCAGAAAUCCAGUAUGGGAUGCAGGUGUCCCAGGUGCUAUCUUAACCACUGCACCAAAUGCCACCCUCAAUUUGUUGUCUAAAUUGUCUUCCAUGUUUUUACUUGCUCAGUAUUUCAAUGUAGUUAAUGCUGUUAAAACAGUCUUAACGGAGAUUUUGGGAAGAUAACACAAUAGCUAGCACAGAAAUCUGUCUUCCCAUAUAGGCAAUAAUUUCAAAGACAGGGUCUGUUUGAUGCAAGUAGUUUGGAAUGCAGUAGUUCUUAACUUCCAGAAGACUUAGAUGGCAAAUUGUAGUUGAUUUUGGUCAACAACCAAAAUUAACAAUAAAAAUUUGCUCAGCACAGUAGCAGCUACACUUCCAAGCCCCCAGUCCUGUGGCAAGCAGUUACUGGAUUUCCAUAUAUCCUUUUUUUUUUUUUUUUAAAGAUUUUGUUUAUUUAUUUGAGAGGUAGAACUACAGACAGAGGGAGGGAGAGACAGAGAGAAAGGUCUUCCAUCUGCUGGUUCACUCCCCAAAUGGCUGCAAUGGCUGGAGCCAGUUGAUUGGAUGCCAGGUGCUUCAUCUGGUUUCCCACACAGGUGUAGGGCCCAAGCGUUUGGGCCACCUUCCACUGCUUUCCCAGGCCAUAGGCAGAGAGCUGGAUCAGAAGAGGAGCAGCCAGAACACAAACUGGCCCAUAUUGGAUUCUGGCCACUGGUGACUUAGCCUACAAUGCCACAGUGCCAGCCUGGGUAUCCAUAUAUUCUAACACUGUAUACAAAAAUUAAUUCAAAUAAGCUCAUGAUACAACUGUACAACAUAAAACUAUAAAACUCUUAAAAUAUGGGGGCAAGAGUUUAACAGUAUUGGUUUCAGCAGUGAUUUCUUUGAUAUGACACCAAAGGCAUAGAAAACACACUGUCGACAGAUUAAAAAAGGCAACCCACCAAGUGGGAGAAAAUAUUUGCAAAUCACGUUUCUGAUAAGGGAUUAAUAUCCAGAGUAAUGGGUAUAGAGUUUAAGUUUUAAAGGUAAAAAUUGUUCCGGGGAAUGAUGGCAAGGAUGCUCGCACCAAAUGUAUUUAAUAACUCUGAAUUACACACUUAUACUUAAAGUCAUAAAUAUUUUAUAUGUUUUAUGACAAUACAGUAUUGCAAGAAAAAUCUGUCUUGUGGCCAGUAUUGUAUCAUAGUGGGUAAAACCACUGCCUUUGAUGCCGGUUCAAGCCCCAGCUGCUCCACUUCCAAUCCAGCUACCUGCUAAUGGCCUGGAAGAAGCAGCAGAAGAUGGUACAAUGCUUGGGCCCCUGCCACCCACAUGGGAGAUCCAGAUGAGGCUGCUGUCAUCGGGGGGUGAACCAGAGGAUGGAAGCGCUCUCUUUCUCUCUCUGUCUCUCUCUCUUUCUCUGUAACUCUGCCUUUCAAAUAAAUCUUAAAAAUAAAAAAUCUAUCUUAAUUUUCCUGUUUAGUCAAACAUCUUUUCAACUUUUGUUUAAAUUGACUUUUUCCCUUCAUUAUGAAAUGACUUAUUUCUUUGCUGCUUUAUAUACCUCACAAUUUUUUGUGUGAGUUUUACCUUUUUUAAGUGUUGGGUAUUUUUGUAUUUUCAAAGUAUUUUGUAAGUAUUAUUAAGCUUUAUUGUGGGAUGCUGUUCAUUUCCUUGGAAAUAGUUUGAUCCUUUCUUCAUCUUGCUCAUAAGCUCUUUGUUAGAUGAUACCAAAGCAACAUUUGUACUAGAGCUAAUUUUAUACCACUAUUGAAUCAAAUCCCUUGUGAAUACUACACCUAUUGUUCAAUAAAUUAUAAUGUUUUUCCACUCUGAUCGAUGGAAAUGAGAAAAAUUCCUGUUCCAGUUGAGCUCUGAGAGUUGUUCCCUCUCAUUCUUUCUCAGCCCUGGGUAGCUUUCACAUCUGAAUGCACUGAUCAGUAUUCAUCUGAAGCCUCUACUGGGACCACCCUGUACCGAUCUUCAGAGCUCUCCCUAUGUGCAGCUUUCCCCCUUCCACUACUCUCUGCUCUGAACUUUACUUCCUUUGUCCUCACACCAUAACGUUUGUGUUCUCCUCCCAAGGAAUCUGCUGGACUUGAGGUUCUCUCUGCAUUGCAGCUGGAAACACUCUUCAGGCAGAAAAAUGGAGCAAUCCUAGGGCUUUGAUCAUGCUUGAUCUAUUUGUCAAUGAUCACUGUCAUCCCUUGCCUAGUGUCCAAGAUCUUGAAACUGUUCUUUCAAAUAUAUUGUUUGAUUUUCAAAAAUUCUCUAUGCUGGAGAAUAAAUCCAGUCCCUCCGACCCCACUUUCGUCAAAAGUGACAGUAAGUUGCUCUUUAAAGCGUCUUCUACUCAAAGUUGAAUCCUGCAUUAGCACCCCCUUGCUCACAGCACUUCCAUUGGCUUUUGCUCUUGUUUUUUCAGAUGGCAAGUCAGCCGUCAUCCAUGUGUUUCCCUUCAUGAUGCUUUUCUGUAUCAUUUGUUUUUGACAGCUUGGUUAUAAAGUUAGUAGAUGGUAGGUUUUUUUUUAUUUAUCCUAUUUGGGGUUCAGUGAGUUUCUGGAUAUAUAGAAGUUUGUCUUCCAAAAGGUUAUGGAAAAUGUGCACAAUAAUUGUAUUUUUAUAGGAACUUUUUUCAGAUACCUCAUAUGUCAGUUUUUCCCAGUAUUAGAAAACCUUAUCCCACCAAUAUUUAUUCUCCUUUCUUACUCUUUCUUCCUCUCUUCAGUCUCCUAUUGCAUGUAUGUAUAUUAGGCUAUUCCAUAUCACCCUUAAAAUUCCUGAAUAUUUAAUUUUUGAAAAAUGUUUCCCCCUAUUUGUCAAAUUUUAAAAUUUCUGUUGCUAUCAGUUUCAUCAGCUCUUUUUAUUCUAUAUUACCUGCUUUUCAAUUUUUUGUUAAACCAAUUCCUAGAAUAUUUUGUUUUAAUCAUUGUGUAUCUUCAGUUCUAGAAUUUAGUUCUUUUAAAAAAUUAUUUCUGUUUAUUUUAGAGGAAGAGAGUCAUACUGAGAGGCACAUACACACACACAACUCCCAUCUGCUAAUUCCCUCCCCAAAUGCCUGCAAAGGGCGGAAGUGUGCCAGACCAAAGGUGAGAGCCAGGAAUGCCGUAGAGAUAUCCCUCAUGGGUGGCAGGAACACAACUACAUGGACCAUCAUGUGUUGCCUCCCAGGGUGCAGAUUAGCAGGAAGAUGGAAUCUUAUGUGGAGCCAGCAUUGGAACUCAGGUAUCCUGAUAUGGCACGUGGACAUCUCAGGCAGUGUGUUAACUGCUAAACCAAAUGUGCACACCCAUUUAGCAUUUAUAAAGCUUCUAUUUCUCCAAUUUUAAUUCUUUGAACAUAUUUUCUUUAACUUCUAUAACUUAUAAAAGCAUCUUUAUAAUCUCCACCCAACAAGUCCAGCAGUUGAGCCACCUCAUGAUCAGUUUCUGCUGAUUACUGCCCUUUCCCAAAUUUGUGUCAAUUUUUUAUUGGAUAUUUGACAUUGUGGAGUAUAUGAAGCAUAUUCAGAAAGUUUAUAGAAAAUGCAAAUUAUGAAAAAUCAUGUGUGUAUUUCAAAAAAUUUACACCCAAAUAAACUUAGUUUCAUUUUUUUGAAGCACUUGUGAAUGAAUGUUUUACUCUGUUAUAUUCCUUUGAACCAACACAUAAGAAAACACCAAGAGUUCAAGUGUGGUUGCUGUAGGUGGCAGAGGCUCCCGGAGAAAGGUGGUAUUCCCAGCUGGUCUGGGUCCCAUACAGGAAUUUCAAUUUGUGCUCAGAUCUCUCCUCCAUCCCCCAUCCCACUCUCAUCGUGGUCCAGUUCUCCAGUCCCAGAUCACCUCGCAGCUUCUUUUACUUGCCUUUCAGCUCCUGUUUCCUCAGAGUUGACAUGAAUAAGGUCUGUGCUCAGGAUUUGCGGUGGGGCAGAGGCAGGACAUGUUCCUGUGUAUCUCAACACAUCUGUGAAAGAAAGAUUAAAAAGCCAGUGAAGUUGUGAUAAGCAGCAUUCCUGAGAACUAUACAGCAGACAUGAAGCUGAUUUGAGGGGAGAGGUGGCUAUCAGGAGCUCUCGGGGGAGGAUGAAGACCAUGGAUCUGUAUUUCUGUGUGAUUUUGGAUAUGUAACAGCUGAAGUGCCUCCUGAAGAGCAUUAGGUACCCUGACUUUACUGGGGCUGGGAGGAGGUGGGCAGUGAGCCAGGCAAUGAACUUCUGCCAGGCCCCCAUGGUCUGACCCAGGCUGACCCCAUGGGCUGUUUUCUUCCUGACCAUACCCCAGGUACUUGGUCCAGUUCCUGCUCUUUUUCUGGGCUUUUCUGAGUGAAAAAGCCCUGAAUGAGUCUCCUCCCUGAAACCUGUCUGUGGAGUGGAAGAGAAUUUCCCCAGCAUCCAUCAUUCUUGUUAGCUCUGAAAAUGAACACGCAGGCCCUUUCAGUCCAUGGAAAAUUGAUGAUCACACACACACAAGAAUUAGUCUAUAGGUCGUUCACAGACCUGUUUUAUCAUUUCCUACUCUCAGCUGGUGUCAUAUGCUAAGAACUUCACCCUUCUACCUGUUGUCAAGGAAAAGGGAAAAAAAAACGGAAUUCACAUAUGCUGAGAAUCCUCCCCACCUUACAAGUGAUGAAACUGAGCUCAGAUAAGUUACAUGGCUUGUAAGAGGUCACACAAGACAUGAAACAACUAAAUUUGGACUCUUUUGGAGUUCCAUAUCAUGAGAAUCUUUCAGGUAUGAUAGAUAAAUGUAUUUUAAAAAUUAAGCAGAAAAGAUAUUUUUAAAUGAAAUUUUAUAUACUAUGCCACCCUAUUGCACUGUAUGAAAUGAGUGCAUAAGUUGUGAUAUAACACUGUGUCAAUCAGACUUUGGUCGAGGCUGCAGAGAGAAGGCUUGGUCUCUCAUGUGGAACUCACUGGUCCGGCCAGGUCUCUCCAUGAAGGCCCUCAUAGGUCAGUUUGAAGGCAAACUGGGCACGGGUGGUUCCCUAAUAGCAGAUCAGGAAAUAUUGCUGUCAGUCUCAGCAGUCAUGUACAUCUUAAUAUGGUUGAUCACCCCCUAGUUCCCUUUUGCUUAGAUAGAAAAAACAUGUUCAGACAACCUCUCAUUGUCCUUCAAUUAUGCCUUGGAGUAAAAAUGUCAUAAAAUACCAAGAAAUCAGGGGAAAAACUAACUGAUACUAGUCCCAGUCUGCCCUGUGAUAGGCCAAAGUCAGGAAUAGGUACCCAUUUGCUGCAAGCAUAUCUGUGAUGUGGUUUAUCCAGAAAAUGUGAUGACAAGUUGCUCUCCAGCUCCUGGGAGGCAUGUGGUAAAGGCUCAGUUUGCCUUGCACUACUCAAUGAGUAGAAACAACAGAGCUAUUGGCUGCCAGGCAAAGACAGUGAACAUAGACUGUUUGCUAACUCACAAAAUACAGCUUUGCAAGGUGAAAAGGUUGGGAGCAUUAAUAACGCAUAGCAACCCACUAUCCUGUAGCCAGUAAGAGAACAUUUCAUGUUAGGAAAACAGCAUGGGGGGUUUUCCUUGCUUCAUCUUCAAGACCAAUCUUACUGUAGGUCAGAAUUUACGCAUUUGGGUAAUUCAUUUUAUUUAUUUAUUUUAUUUAUUUAAAAAAUGGAGAAAUGACUAGUUUUAUGCAUUCAUGAUGCAGUGAAUUUAAAGAAUGCAAAUUAAAGUAGUGAUCCGUGAUUACCUUGAUGCUUCCAACUUCUUUUAGCAUUAGUCCAGCUGAAUUUCCUGUACCACUGUGCGGCACUAUAUACAUCAUAAUUGCAGACAAGGCCUCUGCUGACUCUAAGCUUGACAGCAGGGAACAGUUGGGAUUGUUGCUGCUGCUUGGGGCUGCAGACCUGGUGGAUGCUGUGCCCAUGGUUGAUGGGGGAAUUAAGCCGGCAGCUUACCCUGACUAUGUCUUGACGGUUGGAUGAUGCUUUGUGGGUCUAAAUAUGCUGAGAGAGAGACAGAGACAAACAUAGAUGUGGAGAAUGAUACAGCAUCAUUUCCCUGCUGACUCAGCUAGUGCUUUAUAAGCCAGUCCUCAGUGUUGCCACAACUUUAAAAAGUAGAUACUACUUUUUUUGUGGGGGAACUUACACUCAGAAAUGGCAGGUGACUUCUCAAGGUCACACUGCAGUAAGCAUCAGCACGCCGGGGUCUGUGACUCUAAGGACUAUACUUGAUCUUUUGUGCCACUCUGCAUCUGCUAACCAGCAGGCCCUGUGCCAAGGGCUUUACACUAAUCCUCCAUGCAGCCCUGAGGAGGAAGCUCUGAUUAUUCCCAUCAAUAGACAAGGAAACCAGUUCACAGAGCGGCUAAGUGGCAUUCACAUGGGGUGCCUGCUCACUCUGUGUUUCUGUUCUCAGCUGGACCCAUCACACUUAACUAUUAAGGUUUGUACAAACUGGCUUCUCUAUUUUAGAAGUACCCAGCUUCUUAGAUAUAGUUUUGGGGCAGUGAAUUUGCAUAGAUCAUGUGUACAACUGCAGAUACUUUCACUGAUUGUGAAUUGGGCCCUAGCAUUGCUUUGCUGGGAAACCCACUUGUGUGGGUUUACAGACACACACCCUGCUGAUGCAUUUGGUAGCAGGGCAUUGAAGCACAAAGCUAGGACUCUCAUGUGGAUGAACGACUCCAGCUUUGACACUGUGUGACAAUAACACAAAGGUCCACGCAUGAUCACACGGUGCAUCUUUUGCAGUCCAAGGUCUGUGACUGUGAGGGUGGGGGAUAGGAUUCAGAUGUCACCCUGGCAAAACUAAGUCAGCCCAGCUCACAUCCCAGGUUCAGAUAUUCAUGCCCAUUCAGUAGUAGAAUUCCAGGAUGGCUCUGGAGACUGGGGAGGUUGGCUUGUCCUAUGGAGUCAUGUGGUAUAUCCUGAAUUAUCUCAGGUAGUGCUUUUGCAUCAUUAUAUGUGUCAUCUAUAUCUUCUGGGAGUCCUAUUCAGUGACUGGCUGUAUCCCCCUGAAUUCAUGCACUGAACUUCUGCCUGCCAAUCUGAUGAUAUUAGGAGGUAGAGCCUUAGGGAUAGGACUAUGUGAUGAGAGUAGAAUCCUUGUGAAUUAGAUUAGUGUCUUUAACAAAGGGACCCCGGAAAGCUCUCUUGCCUUCUUUCUUCCACGUGAGAACACAGCUAGAAGUCAGCAGUGGGCAGCGUGGUAGAGACCCUCACCAGCACCACGCUCACAGGCACCCUGCUCUCAGAAUGGUGAGAUAUCAAUUUCUUUUGAUUAUAUGCCACCAGAUCUGCUGUAAUCUAAGCAGGAUGUGGCACCCAAGCUCAUGUUUUAAUUCCAAAGUCACAGGUUGAUAGCACUGAGAGAGUAGAAGUAUUCAGUUAUUUUCUUUGGAAGCAUGGUCUAGUGGGAGAAUCUGUGGUAAUUGAAAUGAUGCCCUUGAACUCUUACAUCGGGGUGGUUUAUGAAAGCCUGAGUGCAGCCCAGCCAGUCUGCUUACUGGCUCGCCAUGUGAUCCUUCCUCCAUGCACAUUCCACCAUUGCCGUCCAUUGCCCUGAUCGCCUGCCAACCCAGUGGGACUGCCUAACUUGGACUGAGCCUUUGAAACUGGGAACUAAAUAAAUCUUUCCUUGGUAUUAAACUUAGUUGUCUCAGGUAGUUAACUGCAGUGACAAAAAGCUGCCUAAUACAUAAAAUACAUGGUAUUUUAUCAAUAGUCCAAACCGACUGAAACAUUCAGUGAGAAAGGUACCCUCACAACAUCCAUACCAUAGAUUAGACAACUGAGUCAUGGUCAGGAGCAGUCUUGCUGAGUCUCUCUCCAUCCACAGUCCCUCAUCCUAAUGUCCCUGCUCUGCUCUGCUACAGGGCCCAACCCUGUGCUGCUUCCCAAGAUUGCUAGUUCAGGGAUCACAUGAUCUAGUUUGGUUUUGGAUGUAAAGGAAUCCUUCCAAGGCCAUUCUAUUUGACACUGGUAAAAGAAGUCACAGUUGCACUUGACUUUUCCUAAUAGCCCUUUGCACUUUUUGGUCUUCUCAGAACUGAACAAAGUGUUUUGUCAGCUGGUUUUCACCUCCUGGUCAUAGCCCUGGAGCCCUUCAGGACACACAUAAAGUAAAGCAAAGGAUUUGGUUGCCCAGCAUCACGCCACAUGCCAGGCCUCGUGCCUAGCCCCAUGGCCUCCUGAUGUUUGGGAUUUUAUUGAUAGGAAAUCACCCUAGGGUCUACUGUAGUUGGAAUCCAAGACUCUGAGUCAGAACUGAUAGCCUAAUGUAAGGCUGGAAAGUUCUAGCAGGUUUCCUAAAUAACGGCCUUGUUCUGGGGGUUGGAAAGCAGUAACAAUGAUUAGGAGAAAUCUGGCUCAGAGGAAGACCAAUGCUGAAGAGGAACACGUGUAUUUUCACAAGAAAGUUUAUUUGUUUAAAGAGUCAUCCUUGGCUUCUGUAGCCUUUUUCCUGCAUCCUUGUUUUUCUUGGUGAUUAACCUUGCUCUGCUUUCUUUCUUCUUUAACCUGUCUUCUGGGAAUUUUCUUAGUCACACACCUCUGCUCGGGAAAACUCCCAUCUUAACUGAAAUGUAAUGGUUAUGUUCUUGUGCUGCCAUAUUUAAGUAAGGGCAGGUUCUACUGUAACAGACAAUAUCAGAGUGUCAGUGACAACACAACAGAAAUCUCCUUGAUUGCCUCAUGGACAGGGCAGGCAGGUGUCCCUCUAAACAGACUCUCAGGAACUCAGGUUCCUCAUAGCUUUUGGCACCAUCAUCUCUGAUGGGAGGAAAGGAAAAGAUGAGCCAAGAGACAGAGAGAAGGUUAGAAGGUUGCAUCUGAGCGUUUUUCAUGGGCAGGAGCUAGGAACCCCAUUUUUCACUGGCCAGAACUCAGUCACAUGGUCCCGCCCCAACUGCAGAGGAGCUGGAAACUGGAGCUACAAUGUGCACUGUCACUUUUGCAAUAGUCUGUUGGAUUUUCCCCAGAGGUAGGAGCCAUCUGCAGGGACCUGUCGAUAAAAGUGUGCUUUGGAGUCAGCCUUCUUCUGCAUCUUUGUAACCCAGUAGUUGUAAUUUGUAAGCCAUGCUCUUACUCUGCCUUUCAAAUCUGUCUAUUCUUAUGUCAUAACAAUGUUUUGAGACUAACAGCACUGCAUAUGAAGGACUUAGAACAUUAGGAAAAAGCCACCAUUGCUCUCCUCAGGGUUCAGGGUAAAUGCUGUUCCCUUUGCUGCCUAAGAGAGAAGCCUGUCCUCUACUCCAGCAGUCAUAGGCAGCAGUGUGCACACAGCACCUGCCCACUUACCAAGAUGGGGAAGUAGGUCUGACCUUCAAGCUGGAACCCAUAACAGACACAGACUCAUUCAUUCUGAAUGGUAGUAAGGUCCUUCAACGUGCAAACCAGAGGCACAGGAUCGAGUGCUUCACUGGCAUCCCCUGUGGCCACCGGUUUGAGUCCCAGCUGCUCCAUUUCUGAUCCACCUCCCUGUUAAUGCACCUGGGAAAGCAGCAGAGGAUGGCCCCAGUGCUUGGGCUCCCGCACCUACGUGGGAGACCCAGAAGAAGCCCCUGGUUCCUGUCUUCGGCCUGGCGCAGCCCCAGCCAUUGCAGCCCUUUGGGAAGUGAACCAGUAGAUGGAAGACUUCUCUGUCUCUGUCUCUCUCUAACUCUGCCUUUCAAAUAAAUAAAGUAAAUGUUUUUAAAAAAACAAAGGCAGAAAUGCUUUCUGAAAGAUGGAGGUAUGUGUUGCCCUGCGAGGUAGAAACUUCUCACACUGGAAGGGUUCAGUAGGAACAAAAUAGCCAUCAAGCAGGAACAGAGCUGCGAGCCCUGUACUGAGGGUGAGAAAGGGCGUGGGGAUUUCUACCAGGGAAGAAAGCGCAUGUCAGAGCGCCUGGUGGUUAUUGGGUGACAAAAACAAUGAGUACCUAUUGCUUCUGUUCUAUGAGAGUAAGAGGAAAAAAAAGCCUUAAUAUCAUGAUCUUGGUGGCUGGGAGACAGUAGAAAAUGUUGACCAAAACUUGACUCGUGCUUUCUGUAUCCUUCCCACAACAGAAAAGCUUUGACCUUAACGUAUUUUUAACAUCCGACACGUUGCUCCGUCUGUACUCAUCAUGGAGUCCAGUGUAUUGCAGGCGGUCAGGAACUCUUUCGUUGAUUGAUCGAUUCUCUCAGCAUGAUUAGGUACACAAGCAUUGUUGAAUGAAUGACUCUUCCUUUACUGCAGGUUUAAUUGCCUCGGUUUUCCCAGAUUUUGUUCCGUGACCUGUGUUUUUCCACAUUCCUAAUGGUUCUUGUGUCCCUGCCCAGGACAGCCUUCAGUCUGUUAAUGCCCCUCUUAUAAUGCGGCUCCCAGAGCUAAACAUGACACACUGUCUUUAAUCAAGUGAUCCACCAACUCAUGAGGUCUUGUGGUGAGCACCAGCUGAACCUGAAAACAAAAAUCCUACUGUUCUGGAAGGCCAGGGGGUCAGAAAUGUACCCGGUUGAAAUUUCCAGCAAAUGCAUCUAAAUGGGGCUCUUGAAAACCAGGGGUAGACAUUUGCAGUUUUUGCGUGCUAUGUUUUUGUUGCUUUAUAACCCCUUUGGCCAAAGAGAAUAUUAUAGUCAAACAUGGCAUGCCUCCUGGUCUCCAUGCCUGUGCCAAGUACCAGACUAGAGAUCUGUGAGCUAGGAAGCCAGCCAGCUCUUUGAAGCACAUUGCAUCAGACAUUUCCUGAGGUGUAAAGGAAGGACUCCUUGCUAGAAAGCAGGGAGAAUUUUGGCUCUUAGAGACUGGACUCAGUAACUUUAACUCCCUGGCUAAGGACCAAUCUUCCAUCAGGCAGCUCUCAUGUGGCCUGCAAAAAAUUCAGAUCCAAAGCCUGUGGCUUCUAUUUUCCAUGUUGACACCACAGCCUUGUUUGAAAGAAAUAUCCCUUUUUGGGGACAAGGGAGGGUAAGAACAGCUUUUAGGAAAAGAGAAACAUUAUAUAAUCUGACAUUAAAAGAGAGACAUUAUAUAAUCUGACAUAAAUUAAUUUUGGGGGGCAAUGUUGUCUUCUGCAUUGGGAAACCAUUGACUCUGAAUUAGAAUGCUGUCCAAAUAAAUGUUGUCAUGUAUCACUCUUUCUUUCUAAGUUAAGUAAAAUUAAAUAAUAUGUAGUGGUAUAUAUCCUGGUGUUUAUUAUAUUUAUAAAUUAGACCCUAAUGGAGGUUUCUCAAAUAACUUCACAAAUUAUCUCUUAUAACCAAGGAAUUUGAUCUUAGUAGCACUCAGAGUUAAAUAUUUUGUAAUUCUAGAUUCUAUAACUCUUCCAAUGUGCCAUACAGGCUAUUUAUGAACGGCAUGUGCAAAUGUCUCUGUUUUCAUUCCACACAAAGCACUGCGCAGGUGAUAGAAAAUAAUUAAUAAUAAAGAGGUCUUGGAAGCUUUCCUUCUGAAUGUGUAAAGUUGAACCCUGGGGUGGGAACAUAGCUGGUUAGAGUAGCCUUAAGUAUAUGAAGGAACAAGAUAAAGGCACCUUUGGGAGAUUUUUUAUAUCUGAUAUUCCCUAUUCCUGCAAAAUAUGGAGCUAUUAUUAGGUUCCCCUACAGUUGUUAACUAAGACUCUCCAGAGGCAAGUUCCAAAAUCACCAUCAAGGUGAUAGCCUAUGUCUUCCCAUAGAUGGAUGCUUUUUCCAUCACAAGAUCUACAAUUUGAGGGUCAAUGUCCCAGUGAACAGGUGAUGACCAUAAAGACCCCUGAAAGAAGGCUCUGGACAAGUACUUUAGUGUGACUUUCCUGUAGUUCUCAACUCUGAGUCUUAAGUCCAAAUUCUGGAUACUUCAUCUUUUCUUUUGGGAAUGUGGAUCUGGCACAAUUCGAUCCCUACCUUGUUUGGGGGCUAAAAAAAAAAAAAACCAUGAAAUAUUUAUGAAGUGCUUUAUUUCACAAGAAGUAAAGUUCCAGGUUACACAACCUCUGUAAGCUCCUGUGUGGCAGUGUUGGAACUGCAUUUCUGCUCUCCCACCCCCACCCCACACCACACACAGCACCAGCUCUUCCGAAGUCACAGGCUCCACUCUUGGGCUAUCCUUGUGUGAUAACAGAAGAAUGUCACACAUACAUUUGCCGCCUUUCUGUAAUCAUGUUUGUUGUUGAGUAUGGUGUGAUAGAUGAUUAAAAUGUCCAAGAAGGGAAAUAAAGGAGUGGGGUGAGAAGAGGAGGAAGCAGCAGCAGGGAAGCAUGAAGUAGAGGAAGGGUGAGUGAGAAGUGACAAUCCCCGAGGAGCCCAAGCUGUUAACCUGCAGGGUGUGCACAUCCUCUGCCAAUCACAUUGCGAGGUGACACUGGGACUCACUGACCGUCUUGCCAGGAAUGUUGUCAAGGUCUGUUGUGGACAGGGUUUCUCGGGACGAGAGACAGUGGGGUGCAGAGCUGUUCACUUGGCAUCGUUCACCAUCACUAACGUCUCUGAUAGCGCAUUAAGCUUAUCCUGUAUACCCGGUUUCAUAAAGGUGAUCGGGAAUGGCAGGAAGCCAAGGAAUGGGCAGUGAUCAGACACAGAGAAGCAAGGCUUCCUAUGACAGCCACCGGGAAGCGGCCAGCUUGUGUUUACUUUCCACUCCAAAUGUUUUCCUUGGUAUAUCUAUACCACCACCUAUUUCUCAGGAAGUGACACAAAGGAACAGGCUUCACAAUGCCAUCAAUGUCCAUUUUGACAGCAUUCAUGUCACAAUACACAAUCAUGUACUGUAAUUAUACAAAAUCUAAAGAAUGAAAUGUUACUAGUUACAUUGCUUAAAAUGAAACUGACAGUCAAACAGAAAUAACAAAAAAGAAAUCUCCUUGGUAAUCCAUAGAGAUACUUGACAAUAUUACAGGAAAUGUAGCCAAAGAAUUGUCCUAGCAUGCUUUGUCAUAAUUUCAUAAAUUCCCAGCUCUUUGGGGGGGGAAAGAAAGUGCAUUUUCACAGCCUAUAGUUCACAAAGAAAUAGCUUUCACAGGUGUUCAAGUGACAGAGAAAGGAAUACAAAGUGUAGGCACCAAGAUUGCUCAAACAGCAACAGAGUUUGGAGAAUGAGACUUGACGCUCUUCUGAACCAGAUCUGGUUUCUUGAAAAAGAACCUGGACAGUCACAUUAUUCCAAAGGGGCCAAGGAAAAAACAUCGAACUGUUAAUAAGGAAGAAAACCAUCAAGAACUAGACCACUUAAUACAAAUAUUUUUCUAUUCUACUUUGAAGUUAAAUUACAGCUUUUCAUAUUUUGAAUAGGAAAAGAUUUGUGGUUGAUCUGUGGGUAGAAGCCCUCUCUCUUACCCAUCCACCCUCCCCGCUUCUGAUCUGGUAGCUUAGGUUUGCAGUACAGACAUUGCUGGGUCCAUUUACUUGAAGUAGAAUUGCUAUUUCUUGAUGUGUGACCAUGCUUUUUUGAACAAUGAGGUAUAAUUCAAUGCUAACCAUGCCUGUUCCUUCCUGGGCUAUGGGGUCGGUCAAUGGUGUGGGCAGAAAACAAUUCAACUGUCUGAUAAAAUCAUAUACAGAAAUUAUUGCACUUUAAAAAAAUGAACACAAAAAACUCAGCCCAACUAGCAAAGGGCCUGAAAGUCUUGAGAAGUGCCAUACUUGCUGCCCUUUGCAGAGUGCAUCUUGACCUUUCAGGUGUUCUGUUGGGUUUGUCCAUUAUUAAAUUUCCAGAAGUGAAAGAGUCCAAAAGACACUGUAGGCUCUUUAAGGCUAAGUCUUCUCAGUGCUUCUAUGAGAUAAAAUUAUCUCCUUGGCCACAUACUACAAAGCAGGGGCUCCUGUUAGCAAAAUGACUAGCAGGGCUCCCCAAAAUGUCUGGAAGCAAGGGAGGAUGGGUGCAGAUCACGUCCUCUCCUGUGAAUGAGAGAGAGAAAGCCAGUGAAUGGCCUGGGACACGUCAGCAGCCUCCUCUUUUCUUUACCACUUUCACAUACUCAACUCCAGAACCCAGGCAUGCUGCUGGGGAUUUCUCUGCAUUUCUCUGUGCGUCUUCUCCUUUCUGUGGCUCUGAAUAUCAUUCCCUCUCCCUGCACAUUUGUCUCCCUCUGUCCUACCCGUUAUCCUCCUUGCCCACUAUGCUCUCUGUCUCACUUUCUUGGUGAGUAAAAGGUAGUGUUAGUCCCAUUCUGCUAUUCACAGGUCUUUGCUUCCUCUCCUUACAUAUGUUUCCCACAGUGCACCACUAUCCACUCCCUAACCUGUCAAUGUCUCCAAUGCACUAUCUUCAGAUAUUCCAGACUCUGUUUAUGAGGCUCACUGGGCUUAUUCAAGGUCACCUCAGUUGAGAAUACUUAAACCUUCGAAAAUCUGUUCUGUUCCUGUUCCUGUCAACACUGGAGCUCAGGGUACUCAUGAUGUUACUAAUGUUUUUCAUGAGGCUCUCAAGUGAGUGCUUAUGUGAGCAGUGAGAUAAGACAUUUUUAGGGGGCCGGCGCCAUGGUGCAGUAGAUUAAUCCUUCACCUGUGACUCUGGCAUCCCAUAUGGGCGCCAGUUCUAGUCCCAGCUGCCCCUCUUCCAUUCCAGCUCUCUGCUAUGGCCUGGGAAGGCAGAGGAGGAUGGCCCAAGUCUUUGGGCCCCUGCACACACGUGGGAGAUCAGGAAGAAGCACCUGGUGCAGCUCCGGUGAACCAGCAGACGGAAGACCCUUUUCUGUCUCUCCCGCUCACUGUCUGUAGCUCUACCUCUCAAAUAAAUAAAUAAAAUCUUUAGGAAAAAAAGACAUUGUUAGAUACUGCUAUCCCGAAACUCUAAAGUUAACAUUGUUUUUCUUCCUAUGGGUAUCAUCUCAAACUCCUAUGUAGUCAAUAAAGCAUUUGCACAAAAUGUCUAAAUACAUUUGGAAGGUGGUUUGCUGUAUGACAGCAGUUCCCAGGAAAACACAGUUCCCAUCUCUGAAUCAUGUAAGGUGCUGGGCAGGGAGCAUGGAGUACAAUCAUCAUGAGUGGCAGAGACCCCUGCUUCUUCCUGCCACCACCCUCAGUGCACUGAAGCUCAGGGGUCUGCCAUGGUAUUGGUUACUCACUAUGACCAACUUUACAUCAUCAGGAGUUGGUGCAAAAUCCUAGUGUGAAGUCAGAGUCAAUCCCAAUGGUUGCCACUGAUCCUGUCAAAUCCCCUCCCCUCCCCAAGACACAGCCCCUGUGAUGGACUCUUCUCUACUCACUGCUCUGGAUCCUGAACUAGGACUUGCUAACAUUUUCGUAUAUGACGUCACUGAUGCAGAAUUGCUGCUUCUUCUUCAUCCACAUCAGCUGCACACACUGAUGGAUAAAAAUGUACUGCUCCUGGAGCAAAAGACAAAAGCAUGUUUCAGUGAGACGUGAGCAAAGAUACGCGCUGCAAUGCUAUGACAGUUCUAAAGAUCAAGAUCUGCUGUAAAAGGAAGCCAUUUUCAUCAUGUAUAAGUGAUACAGUUUUUAUAAAGACAUGAUUUUUAUAACUGGAACAUUCAAGAGAAUCAAGAGUAAAAGUACUUUGAUUAAUAAUAGAACUUAGAACAUCAAUAAUUUAUUUUUGGAAGUGGAAUUUUUUUGAAAUAUUUACUAGGGUAUAUAGCAAAUAAAACUUGUAUACAAUUGGGGUGUUUGGGGCUGGCGCUGUGGCGCAGUGGGUUAAUGCCCUGGCCUGAAGCGCCGGCACCCCAUAUGGGUGCUGGUUCAAGACCUGGCUGCUCCACUUCCAAUCCAGCUAUGGCCUGGGAAAGCAGUAGAGUAUGGCCCAAGUUCUUGGGCCCCUGCACCCACGUGGGAGAUCCGGAAGAAGGUCCUGGCUCCUGGCUUUGGAUCAGCGCAGCUCGGGCCACUGCGGCCAAUUGGGGAGUGAACCAUCAGAUGGAAGACCUCUCUCUCUCUUUCUCUCUCUCCUCUCCUCUCUGUGUGUAACUCUGACUUUCAAAUAAAUAAAUAAAUCUUUAAAAAAAUUGUGGUGUUUCCGACCUGGGCCGGUUCACCCCUCCUUAGGCAACCUGGUGGUCCCCCGCUCCCGGGAGGUCACCAUAUUGAUGCCGAACUUAGUGCGGACACCCGAUCGGCAUAGCGCACGACAGCCCAGAACUCCUGGACUCAAGCGAUCCUCCGGCCUCAGCCUCCCGAGUAGCUGGGACUA